AAAAAAAAGAUAAGUAUUAAUAUGGAUUGGUAACAUUCCCCCACAAUAAGGGUUCCAAACAAGGGGUGUCGCACGCAUGCGCGCUACCCUCAGACAUUAACCCCAAUACGUGAGUCGUCUCCAUUUUAUUUUCGUUUAUUUCCAGUUUUCUCCACCGUUGUAUCAGUGGAAAGCUAAAAGACAUUAAUAAACUAACAAAAAGACAAAGUGAAGUGACAGUUGGACUGUAAUAAACUAUUAGAGCAGUGUGUCAUAUUACGUAAUAUUUUUUUCGUGAAGCGUAAGGAGUGAGUUCCGGCGCGAUCCCCAUGCCUCGCUAGAUGCUGUGUGGCGCUAUCUGGACCGCGGCGCCCGUCUCGCUCCGACUGGCGGAGGCGUUACCCGCUGCGCCUUCCUUCACCGCGCUCGCGAUGCACGCGUCGCGACACGAUGAUGACUCUAGCUUCAUAGAGAAUGGUCUGCUCUCGUACGAGAACCCGAACUACCACUUGGACCCGUCGCGCCUUGAGUCGGCGCUGUACAGCGACCUCUACGAUAUGCACGACGACAAAAUGCCGGACGAGUAUGACGCGUAUCUCGACAAUAGGAGAGUUGAAGACGAGGCAGCUUCGCCUGUGACGAAAACAAAUGAAAAAAACGGCCUCAUCACUCCCCCCCAAAAUGGCGGCGAGGAGUCCCCCCCUCCGGAGAAAGAACGGGCGGACCAAGAGGACUCAGAGAAGAGGCACGCGGCCGUACCGCACUCGGCCGAGGGGCCGAACGACGAUCUGUACGCGAUCCCGGUUAAAUUGAGGGCCAAGAAGGAACCGCCUUUGCCGCCAGGGUGGGAGAAACAUGAAGACAUGGAUGGCCCCUACUAUUGGCACAUAAAAAGCGGCACAAUCCAGCGAGAGAUACCAAAGAUGCUGCCCGUGGAGGCCAAGGAGUCCAGGAUCUCCAUGGUGCGAGACUGUUCGCUAUCGGAGGUAAACAAGUACGACGGGGUCAUGACCUCCUCCGUCACCAGAAGUACUACUAGUGGGGCGCUGGCGGACCAUAUGGACCAGGAAGCUGAGAGGAAACGGAAGGAGGAAAUGUCAUAUAAACGGCGCAGUUUCCCAGCUCGCCCCGAGCCGGACAGCGCGCGCGCCGUUCGCUUCUUCGUACGAUCCCUGGGCUGGGUGGAGAUCUCCGAGGCAGAUCUGACUCCAGAACGCUCCAGCCGUGCCGUCAACAAGUGCAUCGUUGAUCUGAGUCUGGGUCGGAACGAUCUGCUUGACCAAGUCGGUCGCUGGGGUGAUGGCAAGGAUCUGUUCAUGGACCUGGACGACGGGGCCCUGAAGCUCAUUGACCCUGAGAGCCUGAACACUCUGCACACACAACCCAUACACACCAUACGCGUUUGGGGUGUCGGCAGAGACAAUGGACGGGACUUCGCGUACGUGGCCCGCGAUCGCGCGACGCGCCGCCACAUGUGCCACGUGUUCCGCUGCGAGGCGCCGGCGCGCAGCAUCGCCAACGCGCUGCGCGACAUCUGCAAGCGCAUCAUGAUCGAGCGCUCCCUGCAGCCGCCUCCACGCCCCACCGACCUGCCCGCGGCAAGGCGUCCACGCCCGCUCUCCGGGGCCUCAUUCCCGACGCCCAUGGAGGAGCCGCGCAAGACGGUCCGCGCGCGCUACCUCGGCAGCGCGGAGGUGCCGCGCGCCACCGGCAUGGACGUGCUCAACGACGCGCUGGAGCGGCUCGCGGCCGCCAGGGCGCCGUCGGCGUGGAGACCCGUCGCUGUGGCUGUUGCGCCUUCGAUGAUCACUAUUACUGAAGAAGGGGAAUCAAGCCCCAUAGUGGAAUGCCGCGUCCGCUACCUGUCCUUCCUGGGCAUCGGGCGCGACGUGCGGCGCUGCGCCUUCAUCGUGCACACGGCGCAGGACAUGUUCGUGGCUCAUUGCUUCCACGCUGAACCCUCGUCUGGGGCUCUGUGCAAGACUAUUGAGGCUGCCUGCAAGCUCCGCUAUCAGAAAUGUCUGGACGCGCACGGCGGGGCGCCGCCGCGCUCGCCGGGCGCGGGCGCGGCGGACGCGCGCGGCUCGCUCGGGCAGGCGCUGAAGUCCAUCGUGGGCUCCGUCAUCGGCCGUCGGCCUUCUUGAACACGGGAGUCGAUAGAGAUCGAGGUCGCUACUCCCUACGAGGCGGAUGCAGGCACAGCCUAACUUACGCAUAAUCGGAUGCAGUUGCUUGGGUUCAUGCUCUAUAACUUCUAGUCGUUUUAUGCCUUCUACAGCCCAUUAUGUUAAACCACGGGUGACGAAAUAUAAUUGGCACAGAUUCCCCAUACAAGCUGCUUGAAAGAUGGUGCAAAUGAUAUUUCGUAACUACACCUAGUCAAUGUAUAUGUGCCGUAUGUUUGCGCAGCUUUCACCUUUCCAACGCCGUAUCAAACACAAAGCUGUCACUCGGACGCCACGUCACCAGUGUCAAAACUGAUAUUGAACUUUAUGCAUAUGCACUUAGGUUUAUUUUGCUCUGUGGUUUGUGAUGGAUUAAUCCGUCUUCGGCGUUGGACUUAAGGUGCUGAUAUAUUCGUCAGUGGCGUCAAAAAGGUUAACGGACGUGUACCUAUGGCAAAUCGCAACGAUCAUGUGAAUGAUUUGCCACAUUUUUUUCGAUAAAGUUGCACAAAUUGACUGCACAGUUGUGGUGCACGGUGGGCUUACUAUAGAAAAGGUUACUAUUUCAUGUUCAGUACAGGAAAUAUCAAAAUUACACUCAAUUACAAUGAAUAUAGGUCACGUUGUAUUUGUAGAAAUGUGAUAAGUUUUUAUCUCGAGAGUAGCCCGUUUAAGAGCGAAUUUUUCACCAAACUGAACAGUACAAAAAGUAAGUGUAAUUAGAAAGGUCAUAUUUUUACAGACAUUUGACAUUUGAUUUUGUAUGACAUUGCAACUAAACUAGCUAUACCAUCAUGUCAAUAGAGAAAUACAUCAAAUACAGGUAAAAUUAGCUAAAUGCGAAAUGUCUAAGUAUGAUCUUAAUUCCCGACUUUUUCUCGUUUUCCUGCAUUUUGUCCUAAAACCGUAUUUCUAAAAUAUGUAUAAGAUUUUAACUUUGUAAGCCCAAACAACUGCAAACCGCUCUAUAUCCAGCUUUACAGGGGAGGGAUUCGAUAUUAUUUGAGAAUUAUUAUUUUCUACGAAUUUGAAACGUAUUGUCAUCACAGUAAGGUUCAACUGACAUUGCAGGCUUCACACGGCUUUCGUCAUGACUGCAUCAAUAUACAUAUCUAUUAGUUUUUGUAUACGGUCUGUCAUUUAGAGGGUUAUUUAUGGCUCGGUUUCAUUGGUCGAUAACUCCCCGCAGCCGGUAUAACGACUAUUGGAACUCAAUUCGGUCGAUAUACAGCAUGCGUGUGACUCCCCGCAGGCGGUAAGGUAAGGCGUUCUGGAAAUCUCCCGCACCCCGCAUACGGGGCCCUAUCGACCGAUUAAACUGAGCUAUUAUUACUUUUUAUGCACAUCUGAUAUUAAAAGGUAUGGAACGUAUCAAGAAAAAUGUACCACCAUCUUUACUGGCUAAAUAUUAGUCUGGUAGUGGCAUAAUAGUAAUAUAAUUUUGGUUCGAGCGAAAAAGGUCUCAGAUUCAGCUUGAGCAAUAAUAUUUAUUUCCGCUGCAAGUCGCAUUUCUCUAAUUAAAUUAAAUACCAUUUAUUUUCAGGCAACUAUGGCCCAACCAACAUACAUACAAUAAUAAAAAAUCUUAAAAUAUAAAUAUCAUUUUGACGACGCUGUUUUCGGUACCCAUUAUCCUGAAAUUUUGUAAGCAGGUUCCAUAAUUAUACCUAAGUAUAAUUUUUAUUUAUAUAGGUAUCAUGAUUUGUUUUUAAAAUAGCGUUGCCAUGGUCUCUAUGUACUACCUAGUUAAGUAAAAAUUUUCUUGACGAUCUUUUUCGUAUUUCAUAAAUUCACAUUACAGUUCAUUUAUGAUUGGUUAGGUAUCAUUAGUUCAGACUGUUGAGUAAUGAAAUGGGCUUAAUUACUCAAUACUACUUUCGGUAUGUUUAAUAGAAGGAGAUUGAACUAUUUCAUGUUGUUAUUUUGUCUCGUUAGCCAGGAGACAACACGCUUUGAGAUGAUGCUUGAUUAAUGGCCCAAAAAAAUAUGAGGGAAUUUAAAUCCGAUAAAAAACUUCUUUUAAAAUAGUGACCCAGGAGACUUACGCUUUAUAACAAAAUGAGUUAAGCCUUUAACGCCAUCUAGUGACAAAAUGAUAGUUUAACAUCAGAUGUGCAUUAAAACAGCUUGUAGGUCAUUAUAACUUAGUGCAGUUAACAAAUAAGAAGUGUUCAUAUACCUACUUUUUAAUUAUGUUAAAGUACAGUUAGAACACAAGUGUUACAAUCAAAUGUUCAUGUCCGACCUAACUACAUCGAUAUGACAAGCAGCUUGGUGUACAGUCAGCGUCAAAUACUUCGUAGCAGUCAAAGUGGCCAAAUAGUUCGGUACACCAUACUAAAUAUAUGGUGUACCGAACUAUUUGGCUACUUUGACUGCUACGAAGUAUUUGACGCUGACUGUACACAAGUGUUACAAUCAAAUGCGACCCAACUACAUCGGUUUGGCAAGCGACAUACCACCACCAAAAUAAAUAUAUAGAACCACCAUAGAUGCCAAAUUUCCAUGAAAACUAGACAUCUAUAAUGGCACUUUCACAUUUUCUCACUGCAAAGUGGGCGCAGAGUUGCUCAGGACUCUAGGAACAUUUGAAAAUACACACGUGUGUUUUUGACUGUAUAGUCGCCAUCAGAUACAUCGGAGCGGCGGGGGUGUUCACAAUUAUCUGAACAAAGCGUUUAAACGUUAAAGUGCAUGCUUAGUUAUUUUGAGCACCUAUCCCAUCCGAUAUAUCUGACAGCAACUGUAUCUACUACAUUAAUAUAGUACCUAUACAUAUUAAUUUUAGAUUUGAAACAUAUUCACAUUGAUUUGAGACCGGGUAUCACAAUAUUUAAUGUUAGUAACAAGGACUAUAACAAAUUAACGAUUUAAGGGGGUAUGUAAAUGUUUUUCACGUUGAUCUCAAAUUGUUUAAAUUUUCAUACUUUUUACAUCUUUGGGUUCACAAGUUUUUAAUAAAUUAAAUAUAUACUGUAUUUUUUCAUAUAUUUUUGUUUUUCACCUGCACUUAAUAAAAUAAUCUUUGAGCAUUUGCUCAAACAUUAUUGGCGUUGAUUGUAUGAAGGUACAGUCGCCAUCAGAUGUGUCGGUGCGGCCAAGGUACUUAAAAUAUCAAUACAAGCAUUACAAUAGACGUGUGUUCAGAUAUUUGUGAGUACAUUGGCUGCACAGAUGUAUCUGAUUAGUACUGUACAAUCGAGUUCACAAGCAAAUGUUCCAAAAAUAUAUUUACAUGCCUUUAAGACGCUGGCAAUAAGGUCGUUGGAACAUUGUCUAGUAAAGAUGUUUGUUAACUCGACCGUACCUAUUUAUUUGUGAUACUUACAGUGGAUUUAAGCAUCUAUCUCUUUAAAAAUAAAAAGGGGAAGGUUGGUUCUCUGAGUAAUUUUUGCUUUCAAGUAUUUUUGUUAACUACUUUUAUAAUACCUCAAACUACGUCUACAUAACCGCUAAGCUACGCCUCUGCUUAAACUACCAAAGAUUAUUAGUCGGUGGUCACAUUGUCAACGCUGAAGUUUGGUACGCGAAAGUAAACCGUACGAGUUACGCUUAAAGCACAUUUUUCUUUGAUAUUGGACUGCCAGGCUUGAUAGGCAAGCGGUUUGAGGUAUGUUUGUAUAUGCUUUAGCUCUUAAUUAUAAAAUCCUAGUCCAUAGUUCAUUAUUGCUUCUGUACAUUCGACGCCAUAUAUAAUUUAUAAAUUCAUUUCCUCUGUGACAACUGUCACUAGCUUUUUAGUUAAUGUAAAUUAAAGUGUAAGAAUAAAAGUAUUAAUAAUGACCCUGUGGAGUUUGUAAAUAAUUGUAAACAAUGGAAUUCGUUUAGUUGUAGGGUAGAUAAUAUUGGAGUGUUAAAUGGUGUGAGUUUAAUGUGACAGACUUGAGAUUUUAGUUACAGAAUACGGACGGUUUGCAAUGCAAUAAAAAUAUAUUGUUAGUUGCGGACGCCUUUACAAAGUUAACUCCUUAAGCUCUUAACGCGCUCUCUCCGUUACUUGCUACGCGAUUCUCGCGCGAGGCACUGAUUUUCUCGUGGAAGUGACUUUGCGAGGGCGUCGAUUUCAGUCUGUCGAGCACGGUAUGAACUAGUGAUAAGAUUCGUUUAACUAUACGUUGUCCCAACGCUGGACGUAGCAUAGUCUAAAUUGACCCUAUUUGUAUAGUAAAAGAUAUUAUUUUUGCUUAGGCUGGUACAAGUUUAUAAAUUGAGUGAAUUUAAUUGCAAAGAUAAAUAUUUUUGGUAUGACACCGUAAUGGAUGUUUAUAAAUUAUCAUGUAAGCUUAUAAAGGGUCUUUUUUUGUUGUAAACUGGGCACUAGAAAAUACAAUCUGAAACCUCAUAAUAACAAGGGUGUUGAAAACACAUUGAGCUUUUUACAAUUAUAUUUCUACACGAUAUUUAGCGUUGAUAAUAAAAAUUGUAGUAAAAAUAAAUAGCGAACGCACCCUAAUAGUACCUAUUCAAAUAGAGGCGCCAUCUUAUCUAAAGAUGGCGGCUCGAGCAGUGUUAGCUUUUGGCGACUAAAAUGAUUAGGUUCUUUUGUUUUUGAUAUUGAAUAUGGAGAUGAAUGUUUAUUGUAUUGAGCGUACUGGGACCCACAAGUUUUCGAAUUAACUCCCAAACGAGUUCCAAAGUUAAGGUGACAUGAAGGGUAAAAUAAUAAAGUAAUAAUAGUGUUUUUGUGUCUGUAACACUACAACAAAUAAGAUACUCUAUAUAACGCAGGGUAGAAUAUGGCCUUUAGGUAUUUAGCAGUUAUAAAACGGUCGAUCAACAAUUUUUUUGUUCUUUUGUUCCGUUAGCCGUGAGCCAAGAGACAGUAAAGCAGAGAAAAAAAUCCUGAAACAACGACAACAUGGAUAGUAGGUAGAUGGCUCACAACGGAAUGCAUCUCUCUACUAUUACACUUAACAUCUACUACAAAUCCAUGAUUUUUGAAGAGUGAAUCAGGAGACGCAAUCAUAGGAACGAGUUACAAGAAAAAAUGGAUUCAUCAAAACAAAAAUCUUUAAGCAGUUAAUAUUUUGUUUUUCCUAAAAUUGUAAGGGGUAGCUAAAAAGUUCAUUCAAAAACAUGUCAUGUGUUUUUCAGUCAUUUUUAUGUUUUAAGUUACAGAUUCCAGGCAUCGACUUAGUUGCCGAGAGUCCCCUUGGUGGAAAUGAGAACUUUUGUUGGACCAGUUUCAUAUCUUACCCUUCCGAAUUCCAACUUUCUUCUUUGACGGUUGACUAGUCAAUAUUUUAAUUGUUAUUUGUUUUUGAUGUUGAAUAUUGAAACAUGUUACGUAACACCUGAAAGGCCAUUUUCCACCCCAAAUUAGAAUAAGACGUUCGGGUUAGAAAUCACAAACUAGCUUCAAAAUAUAUUUCAAAUAUUAGGAUCAGUGUCGCUUUUCACUUUAUAUAACAUAUGUCAGGUAACACUGAGCUGUUCUUACUAUACGUAAAAUAGUGUUAAUCACACUUUAAAGUUAAGUAAUUAAAAUUAUUUAUACAGAAUAUAAAUCGAUAUUUAAGUCCGAGAGAACCCUCUUCGCUCGGUUGUUUAGAUGCAAUAGAUGUGAAAAUUGCAAGCUUCGACUGCCUUUUACCAGAUGAAGUAUAUGUCAAUAUUUUCUAUAAAUUGUAAACGUUUAUAUGUAGUUAUUUAGAUAGCUUCAGAAUCCUGUUUAGCUCACCGUUGGAUAAGAUGGGAAUAAUGUUAUAUACUGUCAUCGCUUCAACAGCUUAAAAGCCUUCAAACUGUGGCUUUUAAUGAAUACUUUUGUGAAAUUAAUAAAAAAAAAUAUUAAACACA